CGGUUCCGCUCGAACCAUGAGAUCGGGUCGUGCUCCGCCGCUCUUCCGACCCGCUCUCUUCCUCCUCCACCGCGCCCACUCGGCGGCGGCGCCGCCGCCUCUCCACCGAAUCCACGAAGAUGGUGGAGUCGACGAAGAGCGUGAAGAAGGAUUUGUUAAGAUACUUCGUGACAUCGUCUGCUCACACCCUCAGACCUGGGCCGCCGCGCUAACCUCCCCAUUCAUCGCUUCCCGCCUCCGCCCUCGCCACGUCGAGCGCCUCCUCCUCCUCCAUCUCGGUGGCGAAUCCAGUUCUGUGGAACCACGCGUCGCGCUCCGUUUCUUCAACUUCCUUGGCCUGCACCUUCGCUUCUCGCAUUCCCCUCUCUCCUAUGCCCUCCUCGCCCACGCUCUCAUCCGCGUUGGCCUCCGCUGGCCCGCCUCCUCCCUCCUCCAAACCCUCGCAUCGCUCCCCGAUGUCCUUCCCGCCUACGCCUUCCGUUCGAUCGCCGAGGCCUGCCGCCUCUGCGGAGCCCUCGGCUCCACCCCCGCCUUCGACUUCCUAGUCCAGUCGUACCUUCAGAUCCACCGCCCCAUGGACGCUCUCUCCGUUCUCAGGCUAUCCGUCGUCGGCGGGGUUAUCCCGGAGCCCCGCACCUUCAGCGACGUCAUGCACGGGUUGGCUAAGGUUCGGCGAUUCAAUCUGGUAAUCGAAGUGUUCGACGAGGUAACCAGGUGUGGAACCUCUCUUGACGUCUUCAUCUUCACCGCAGCGGUGAGAGCCUUGUGCGAACUGAGGGAUUUGAAUGGUGCUAAAGCAAUAAUCGCACAGAUGGAGGCUACUGGAUCAAAUUCUAGUGUCGUUCCUUACAAUGUGUUGAUUCAUGGCCUGUGCAAGAACAGAAGGGUCAUUGAAGCCAUGGAGGUCAAGGACUCAUUGGAAGGGAAAGGGUUGAAGGCUGACGACGUGACUUAUUGCACCUUGGUGCUCGGAUUUUGCAAGUUGGAGGAGUUGAGCAUGGCUUCAGAAACGACCAACGAGAUGAUCAAGUUAGGAUUUUUACCAAAUGAAGCUGUUUGCUCGACAUUGGUAGACGCUUUGAGGAGGCAGGACAAGGUAGAACAGGCUUUUGAAAUGGUUCAGAAGCUGGGUAACUUUGGGAUGAUUCCCAAUCUAUUUGUCUACAAUGCUCUAAUCAAUUCUUUGUGUAAAAGUGGAAAAUUUGAGGAGGCAGAAUUGCUUUUCGCAAUGAUGAAGGGAAAAGGUUUGCUUCCGGACGAUGUCACUUAUUCAAUAUUGAUCAAUUCUUUCUGCAAAAGGGGUAAACUUGAUGAGGCCCUCCAGAUGUUUGAUAAAAUGAAGUCAGAAGGUUUACGUAUCACCCUUCACCCUUACAAUUCUUUGAUUAAUGGACACUGUCGAUCAGGAAGUUUGAGCAAAGCAAAUGAUCUCUUCAGGGAGAUGAUUGAUAAAGAAUUGGCACCAGAUGAAUCUACUUAUACGUCUUUGAUCACUGGGUACUGCAGGGAAGGAGAUUUGGAUGGUGCUUCAAAGCUUCACCACCAGAUGUCUGAGAAGGGGUUGUCAUGGAAUACUCAUACUUUCACAGCUCUUAUAAGUGGAUUUUGUCGUGCUAAAUUGAUGGUCAAAGCUGCUAAGUUAUUCAAUGAAAUGUUAGAAUGUAGUGUGAUGCCAAACAAUGUGACUUACAAUGUCAUGAUAGAAGGGUAUUGUUCGAUAGGGGAUACGACAACUGCAUUCCAGUUAUAUGAUCAGAUGUUGGAGAGGGGCAUUGCUCCAGACAAUUAUGCUUACAGGUCCUUGAUAACUGGUUUGUGUAUGUCAGGUAGAGUGGAUGAAGCUAAGGAGUUUGUGAAUGAUCUGCACAAUGAGCAUCGUAUAUUGAAUGAGAUGAGCUGUAGUGCUCUUCUUCAUGGACUUCGCAAGGAAGGUAAAAUAGAUGAUGCCCACAAUGUCUGGAAAGAGAUGGUGGGAAGGGGGGUAAACAUGGACCUUGUCUGCUACAGUGUGAUGAUCUCUGGAUCUCUAAAGCAGCAGGAUAAAGUAAGACCAUAUUCACUACUCAAAGAGAUGGUCACUAGAGGUAUUAAGCCUGAUAUCAUGUUAUAUACAGAUAUGAUUGACACGUAUUCAAAAUUAGAGAAGUUCUCCGAAGCACAAGCUGUCUGGAAUGGGAUGGCUGCCUUUGGAUGUCAAGCAAAUGUUGUGACAUAUACAGCACUAAUAAAUGGUUUAUGUAAAGCAGGGCGGUUUGAUGAAGCACUGACACUUUGUAAAGAAAUGCUAGUUAGUGGUUUUCUUCCUAACAGCCUUACAUAUGGCUCUUUUCUUGACCUACUUACAAGAAAAGGAAAUAUAGACCAUGCUGUUAUGCUGCAUCAAGUGAUGCUUAGUGCACUUUUAGCGAACACGGUAACAUAUAACCUUCUAAUAAGAGGUUUCAGUAAACUUGGAAGGAUUCAGGAAGCUGUUAACAUUGUUCAUCAUAUGAUAGGAAAUAAUAUCUCUCCUGAUUGCAUAAGUUAUACACCCCUAAUUCAUGAGUACUGCAAAAGAGGCCAUCUAACUGAAGCAAUUGAACUUUGGAAUGAGAUGCUUAGGAGAGGGUUGAAAGCUGAUACAGUCGCAUAUAAUGUACUUAUCCGUGGCUGCAUCAUAAACGAUAAGAUUACUACAGCUUCCACUCUGUAUGAUGAUAUGAUCAGAGGGCAUGUAAAGCCAAAUUGGGCAACCUACACUUCCCUUCUCCAUGGUAUAUGCUUGAUGGCCGUUAAAGCAGAGCAGAAAUUUCUGGAGUAGUCAUUUUAGAAUGACUUACAAGUUAAUGUUCUCAGUUAAUACAUUGCUCAGUGGUGCUUAAUUUAAGCUGCUACAUCAACGAGAAACUUCUCAGGCUGUUGAAUGAAAGCCAUCUUAGCUCUUGCAACUUGAGAGAGCUCCUAAUUCAGGUAAUCCAGGUAUCUAUCUUUUACGAUUGACUAAUCUUGGAGGUGACCGGACCGACUUCACGGAUGUUUUCCAUUGGCCAUCAAGGUAAAUCGGGAAGCACAGAUGGGUCUUGGCGGGCACCCAGUGUCACAAGUAAUUUGAACUCCUCAGGUGUAAUGUGCUCUGGGUGAGAUUCGAACUCUCGUUGCUUAGGCAUCCCAUCACACUGCUUACCAUCGCACCAUAGUCCCGGGUGAUGCUAAUGAUAUAUCUUACUAGACUUGGAUGUGGUCUUCCGGUACAACUUUUGAACUUGUCAAGACAAUCUCAUCAGCAAAAUUUUAGACCCUAGGGUUAGAAUGCCCGAAGUAGACAUGUUUACUUCCAGAUGUGCCUAUGUUAAAGUAUCCUAUGAUUAAUUGGAUUUAGACUUCAGCGGAACUCAUAUAUAUAUCACACACACUGUUUGGAACUGUUUCUCAGUUUGCAUGGAAUUUGAAAUUUCAUAUUAUCCCGCUUGGUAGUUCUCUUCAUGCUACGAUCAUAAACUCAUAAUGAUCUUUACUUAUUGAUACUAUGCUAAUGAUUAGGAUUCUAUGGAUAUCCUAAGAUGGCUAUAUCAAUGACAAAGAUGUUCACAUUUUACAGAAAUAUAGGAUUUAACGUGGCUCAUGUUGGACCAAGCCAAUGUUCAAGUAUAUGUCCAACAUUACUGAAGGCUUCAAGAUUCGUAGAAUUUGCUCGUUGCCUGGAAUGCCACUGAAUUUUCUAUGCUGCCAUUUUGUUGUAUGGUAAGUCUUCUUCCAUUCUUUCAGCUCAUGAGCAGUAUGUGCACAUUGCAUGAGGCAUAGGAAUGGUGGAAUAUAUAAGCUUAGUAUGGCCAACUCGAAACCACUGGGAUAAAGGGUGCCUGAUCAUUAGUAUCCAUGCCGAACUUUUGGAAGAUUUUCUGUUCAUUAUCAGUAAUUUUACAUCACACGUUUUUGAAAGGUCCAAGUUCAAGUUCGUGACAGGAUUCAACAUCAGAAGAACUGCCUGGAAGUUGGCCAGUCCCUUAAAGCAUGGAUGGUUUCUGCUUACACCCAGCAUAGACUUUGUUGUUAGUAGUGCUUCAGUUUGUAGUCAUCCGGAAACAAGUUUUUAUGUUUGCUCCAGCAAUGGCGCACCCGGUAUAAAACCAAAAACACGAGGUGAUCUCAAAUUGGAAUAUCAGCAUUCAUCCGAGAUCAAAGUUGCUACGCCAAUCUUCACAAUAAUCCUUGCUUUGCUCCACGCUGAUCUUGAAGAUUGUAUUUCGGCAAAAACAGAAAGGGCAUCUUUGUUUUUGAGAUCAUUUGAUCACUGUUCCUAUUUUGAUUUCAAAGGGGUUCCUCCUAGUUUGUGUUCAUAUUCUUACUUUAUUAAAAAGUGAUGAGAUUCUAUUGAA